UGAUCUAGAAGACCCAGAAUUACUUACUAGCUUCCUGCCCAAAUAAGUGUCUACUCUGCUAUAUAAAUAGCAAGUGGAAGCUGAAGCUACCAUGUUUAUUUCAACCACUUGAUUAGUCUGCUAUGAACGGUACACGAGUUGCCAGAAGAUCAUUCAUGGAACUGAAGGAAAGCAACAACACAAGCAGCCACCAAAACACUCAUCAUCAGCAAGAAGCUUGUGGUCCUUGCAAGUCUUUUGGCCAGAAGUGCAGUCACCUGGUCAAGAAGCAGCGUGCUAAAUUCUACAUUCUUCGUCGCUGUAUCGCCAUGCUUAUGUGUUGGCACGAGCGCGGCGAGCACUGAGCAAAGGUAUCUAGCUAGGUAGAAGCUUGGUGCAGCAUCAUCAUAUUCUAUUUUUGUCAUUAUAAGAUUGUAACAUAAAGAGAGUACUAUGUCUAUGUCAUACUAGCUAGAAAUUAAUUGUUACUUAUUCUUAUAGGAUUUCAAUUUCAUUGUCUGUAAUUACGUGCAGCUCUAACAUGUGAAAGAGGUUAGAUCUGUGUCAACUUUCAUAAUAAUUGAGUAGAUCUCCUUUUUCAGAUGUCAAGAAAUCAUAAAUGUCAUUUGAGGUUUAGUUCAUUCGAGUGCUUCAAUUUAUAUGCAUCAGUCCUUUUGCUUCACUCCCUUCAAAUCUUUAAAGUUCUUAAUUUGUGUUCUAUCUCUUGAUUCCUGGUCUCUGUGAUCUGAUUUACUUCAAUGCAUAUUGCAUAGUUCUCAGUUCUCAUAGAUGA